AUGAUCCUCUACAAGGCUGAAGACGCGCUGAUGUGCAAGGUAUUUCUAAUGACCUUGCCAGGAGCAGCCCAAGACUGGAUCCACACCCUGCCAUCCGGGUCGAUCAUCCGUUUCAAGGAGCUGGCUUACGUCUUCACCAAAGAAUACACCUCUUACCGGACAAUCAAGAAGAACCCUGACCACUUGUACAACUUUCGCAAGAAGUCCGACAAAUCCCUUCGAGAUUACAUCAAGAGAUUCAAAGCAGAAAAGGCCAAUAUUGCAGGAUGUGAUGACCGAAUCACAUCCUCCGCUUUUAGGACAGGCCUUCCAGCCGAGCACGACUUGUACCACGAGCUGACUAUCACUUCCAUCCAGACUUUGGCAGAGUUCUACGCGACCGUGGAACGCUACGCUCUCUAG